AUGGUGCUGGGUGUCGGUGGCGCCCGGCGCCUUGGGCGCUUGGGGAUGCUGUUGUGCGAUGCUGCCACCCACGGAUUAAAACCCACUCCGGGCUCAAGAACCUUGCUUCCCCUGGUGGCUAUGCAGCGGCCUUCCUCGGUCUCAACACUGGGCUUGGCCUACCUGUGCCCUCGCCCCGCGCGCUGCUUGCACGGCGAGACACGACCGGAGGAGCGGGCGCAGGGUCUAGCGGACCAGGGGCGCCCUGAGUCGAGCGCAUCAGAUCAUACUGGUCCCAAGUUUGACAUCGAUGUAUUGGUUUCACUUCUGCGGCAAGAAAAUGCAAAAGACAUUUGUGUAAUCCAGGUUCCCCCCGAGAUGAAAUACACAGAAUACUUCGUGAUUGUGAGUGGAACCUCUACCAGACACUUAAAUGCCAUGGCCAUCUAUAUUGUGAAAAUGUACAAAUACUUGAAGUGUAAAAGUGAUCCUCAUGUUAAGAUAGAAGGGAAGGACACGGACGACUGGCUUUGCAUCGACUUUGGCAACAUGGUGAUUCAUUUGAUGCUUCCUGAAACCAGAGACGUCUAUGAAUUAGAGAAAUUAUGGACUCUGUGUUCUUAUGAUGACCAGUUAGCUCAGAUAGCACCGGAGACGUUACCUGAAGACUUCAUUCUUGGAAGAGAAGAUGACACUUCAUCGCUGACUCCAGUGGAGUUCAAGUGUGAAUAAAGUUCUAUGAACUGC